GCGGUUGCCUCGUAUUUCAAAUUUUGUUCACAGCAUGAGGCGCGUGUGUUGGUUAAUCGCGCCGGUCGGGCACAGGUCCAAGAUAGCACGGAAUAUUCUGUUCUAAGCGGCGUCUCCCGAGGAUGUUUUUGAAAUACGACGCCGAGAUCUCGUUUAAUAAAAAGAAGGGUGCUGUAAUCAUCGCUGAUUGUUUUGCUGAUUACCGGCCGUCUCGUAUUGUAAACGUGCGCACAGGCACACAUGGUUCUCGCGAAAGAAAGAAAAAGAGGAUAUAACGAGUUUUGUUGUCGUUUAAUCGCCAUCCUUCCCACUCGACCUGGUGGCUUCGUGUUUUUCUGGAUCAACGGGACCGCGUCCUCGAUCUAUCUUUUCGAGGAAAGUCCAUAAAGCCUCGCAUGCAUGAGUUCGACGUCGUCGUCGAGCAGCGACGAAGUCGCCAAGGCCCAGAAUGCGACCGUGACCGCCGGCAAACCAACCAUCUUCUCCAAGAUCCUUGACGGCAGCUUGCCGGCCGACAUCAUCUACAAGGACGACAAGUGCAUUGCCUUUCGAGAUGCGAUGCCCCAGGCCCCCGUACACUUCCUGGUCAUCCCAAGGAAGCCGCUGCCCAUGUUAGACUCGGCCACCGAUGAAGAUGUUCAGCUUCUGGGUCACCUGUUGCUGACGGCCAAGAAGGUUGCAGCACAAGAAAAGCUUAAGGAUGGGUACAGGCUAGUUAUCAAUAAUGGGAAGCAAGGCAGCCAGUCCGUCUACCACCUUCACUUGCAUGUCCUUGGCGGCCGCCAGAUGGGCUGGCCACCAGGAUAACUGCUUGACACUGUGCCAAAGAAUCAUGUAACAUUUUUGUCUGAAAUAAACUUAAUAUGUACCUUU